CCUCGACUAGCGCUCCUCCACUUCCUACGCCAAAGCUCACUAACAGCCAGGCGGAACAGCGUGCUACACGACUACAGUAACAUCUCCAUUUCCCAACCAACUGCGCGAUCAUCCAAAAUGCCGCCCAUGAUCCCCUCGCGCGGCGGUCCCAGCGCGGCCAAACGAGGCAUGGCGUCCAGAGUGCCCAUGGGAGGCAAGUCCAAGACUAUUCUUCCCGGCGCGGCAGGUGCUAAGCGACACCGUAAAAUUCAAAAAGACUGCAUCAAGGGCAUCACGAAGCCCGCCAUUCGCCGUCUCGCCCGUCGCGGUGGUGUCAAGCGUAUCUCUGCGACGAUCUACGAUGAGGCACGCGGUGCGCUUAAGUCAUGGCUUGAAGCAGUUCUCAGCGACUGUAUCACGUACACUGAACAUCGUGGGGCCAAGACAAUCACAAUCCACGAUGUACUGCACGCUCUCAGACGUAGAGGCACUCCGAUUUACGGUUUUGACCCGGAUACUUGGGUCGACCCGAAGAGCCGCAAGGCGGCGGUGAAACAUGACUGAGCGCCGUCGUCCGUAACGAGAAACGUGUCACGACCCAAUAUCGUUGUUCUGGAGUAAUUAUAUCCUGUUUUCGUUUUUUUCAUCACCCACGAUACCGCCUGUUUGUCAGGUUAUGUUUGGCGUUCUAGGUCAGGCAAGUAAGGCCAAAAAAAAAAUCCUUUCACAAACUGCGUUGCUUUUCAAAGCCCGUCCUUGGGAAGAGGACUAAACUCGAUUGUGGGUAUCCGCGACGGGUUGGGAUAGGGAUCGGUCACCGCCGGGACUCGGCUACCACGACGGGUGCAUCACUAACCCGAGAGCGUCUUGCACGAGAGCGUCGAGCAAGGAUGAACGGAAAGACGAUGGAAGUCCUCUGGGCAACGGAACUCCAUCGGGGGGGAGGGCUUACGUGUUACGGACAGACAGGAGAGUCUCGCCCGCGGUGUCAGCAAGCAGAGUAUUUGGGACCGGCUCGGACAAAUCACGGACGGCAUAAAACAUGCUAUGCUAGUUGAAGGGAGGGCUCGAUGAGUAGAUGGCAAUUUUGAGUGAACGUGUCCCGAAACUCUUCAAUGUUAAGAUUGCCGAGGACACUCAAAGAGAGAUAGCAGCUAAGAGCAAACAUCAAACAUUGAACACCGCUACACAAGAUGCAAAAUGCAGAUUGCGAACAA